AUGACAGCGGAAGUUGCCGUCGCCCCCGCUGCAUCUGAGGAGCCUAACACGGAAGAUCGCCCAUCUGGUGCCGCUGAUGCAGUCCUGAAACCGUCCGAUCCAAUCCCUGAGUCAUGGACUACUCGUGAAGUCAAAGGUAUUGACUUCAACAACUUCAAGGGCCGCCAUGUAACGGUCUCGGACCUAAUUACAGGUAUGGAAACUAUUGGUUUUCAGGGCUCAAAUCUUGCACGAGCUUGUAAGCUUGUUGAUGCGAUGCGUACCUACCGUUCCCCAGAGACUGGAAAAGAAGCUACUAUUUUCUUGGGGUACACCAGCAACCUGAUCUCCUCUGGUCUUCGUGAGACACUCCGGUACCUGGUUGAACACAAACAUGUUUCGGCCAUUGUGACCACAGCAGGAGGAGUCGAGGAGGACUUCAUUAAAUGCCUCGCCUCUACAUAUAUGGGUGCCUUCAAUCUUGAUGGUGCUACACUGCGUAAGAAGGGCCUGAAUCGCAUCGGUAAUCUUAUCGUUCCGAACAACAACUACUGCCUCUUCGAGGAUUGGGUCGUCCCUAUUCUCGACGCCAUGCUUGAAGAGCAGGAGGCAGACCCUGAAUUGUCUAUUACUGGGCUUGGAAGAAUGAUAUUCCGCUCCCCAAAACAGUUGAAAUGUGAUAUUGUGGGCGAUAUCAGAAAGAUUAACUCGCUUUCUGUUCGUGCCGAGAAGGUCGGCGCGAUGAUCUUGGGAGGGGGCAUUGUGAAGCAUCAUAUUGCCAAUGCUUGCCUGAUGAGAAAUGGAGCGGAGUAUGCUGUAUUUAUCAAUACAGCAAGUGAGUUUGAUGGCUCCGAUGCUGGGGCAAGGCCAGAUGAGGCGGUCAGUUGGGGAAAGAUUAAGAUGGACGGAGAGGCAGUUAAAGUGUACGCUGAGGCCACCAUUGCAUUCCCUAUGAUUGUCGCCGCGACCUUUGCUAGACCGUCCGUGCCUGAUUCUCAAUCUGAGCCCGAGAUCAAGAAGGAGGACAAGGAUGAGGAUUCAGCUGUUGCGUUUAACUCUUAG